CGCCUGUUUUUCCCCUCUGCAGCUGCACGAUGUAAUAAUCUUUGAAUGCCCCAUUUCCACUUAAUCUGAAGGCGCGGCCCCUUGGCGAGGGGGGGAAUCUCCUCCCACGCAGCAGUGGGCAGCCGCUCCCCUUGGCAAAGCCGGGGGAGGGAGCGCCCCAAGCCCUGCGCGGGGGGAGCGGCCUCAGGGGCUCCCGAGCCGCGGGCACUCCCGCUCCCUGCCCCCGUCCCGGGGCUCGGAAGGGGAGAGACGGGGAAAUGCCAGCCUGAAAAGGCCGGGGCUGGGUGGGACCGUUCACCUGAGCGCUGGGAUUUGGGCUGGUUCGGGUGUGAUGCUCCGCAGCGCUGCCCUGCCCGCGGGGCAGGGCUGGCUGCACCCGAACCAGUCGGGCACGGGCUCACCCCUGGCUCUGGGGCCCUGCUGGGCACAGGGCAUCCGCAGGGGGUUGGGUCUUGGUGGGGCGAGCGGGGGUCCAGGACGAUCAGCCUGGCUGCCCCAUAGCGCCAACAAAGAGUGUGAGUCCUGCCAGUCCAUCCUGGAACAUCGGCCCAGCGCCUCCUGUGCCUCAGUUUCCCCUUUCACAUGACUGUCCUGUGCCCAGACUCCUCGCAGGUGCCUCGGGGGUCCUGCAGGACGGUCCCCAGCGGGUUUGGGACCAGCGGGUGACCCGGCACGCUCAGCUGUCCCCCGUGCCCGCGGGCUCCGGCCGGGCCGGCAGAGCCGGUGCAGGAAUGCGGGGCUGGGAGGGUCCGGCCCCGGCACAGGCGGUCCCUGCUGCGGGGGCACCGGGGGCGGCUCGUCCCCUCGGCAGUGGGACGGGGCGAGCCGAGCAGCACAGCACAUCCAGCGCCACCAGGACGAGCCCAUGGAGCUGCCGUGGGUGCUGCUGGCGCUGGCUGGGACGGGCGCGGCCGCGGACCUGGCCCGGCUGCCCUACGUGCCCCAGGUGCCCCCCAUGGCACUGCUGGGCAAGGUCACUGCCACCACCUUCGCGCUGGAGAGGCCCUGCUGCGUCUUCGACGGCCUCGCCGCUGCCUCCGACGCCGUGUGGCUGGCGGUGGCCUUUGCCAACGCAUCGGCCGCCUUCAGGAACCCGCAGUCGCGGGCAGAGGUGCCCCGGUACCAGCAGCUGCCCUCUGCCCGCUCCUACAUGACGCUGGAGACGGCGGCGGCCGCGUUUUCCUGCUCGGGGCCGAGCCCGGCCGUGCUGCGGGUCGGGGCGGACACGGCGUGCGGGGAGCAGGGCAGGCAGGACCCCUGCAACGGGCCCCUGCCCUCCCCGGGACCCUACAGGGUGAAGUUCCUGCUGAUGGGCUGCGGCGGCCCCAAGGCGGAGACGCACUGGUCCGAGCCCAUCCUGCUGCGCACAGCCGUGAGCCCCAGCGCCAUCGCCCCCGCCCGCCGGGGCAGUGCCCUGGUGGUCAUCGCCUCCGUCCUGGCCAGCCUGGGGGCCGUGCUGGCCACCGCCGUGCUCGGAGCCCUGGGUGCCAAGGUGUGGGGCUCCCGGUGCCCCCAGGGCUUGGGGACCGACGCCCUCACCCGCAGAUCCUACCGGACCCACCACAUCCCCCCGGCCCUGCCCCAGCCCUUGCCCCCCGGCUGCUCUGCCCCCCAGCCCCCUGCUCCGUGUCAGAGGAUCGUGGAACAGUUUGGGUUGGACGGGACCAUAAAGGGACCAGCUCGUUUCAACCCCCCUGCCACGGGCAGGGACACUCCCCACUAGACAUGGAGCGUCCUGGCAAGUAAAAUCUGAUUUUC